GAGGAGGGAUUUUGAAAACACCAUCACAAAUUUCUUCUGCCAAACAGCACUGUAAUAUUUACUAAAAUGGACCAAGCACUGUCUGUAUUUGACAGAUGGACACAGGAAAACAACGACGUGGUAAAGAAAUAUCAACUGCAAAAUGGAGAACAAGAUGUCUCACACCAAAGCCACAACCAGACCCAACACCUUAAAUGGUGUUUAUCUGAGUUUCACAAACUUCUGAGGAAAGUUCAAGGCAUCCCUCCUCAAGUGGAGCACACACAGCUGGAACUGGCAGUGGUGUUCAAUGCUUGUGUAUGCUCAGUUGCACAAUCUCAUUUCUCAGAAGCUGAACGGCUCCUCUCACAAGCCAUGGAUAGAGUUUUAAACAUAACAGGAGAUGGUGGUGAUGCCUCAGAUGUCUGUGUGCGUUGGAAAGCAGUCUUCAAAUCUGCGGGAAAUCCAACUUUGAAGCCCUGUGUACCUUACCUUUUCUGUCUCCAGUGGGCAUUGUGGCUGGCCACCUGCCAGCUGAAAGUUAUACAGGACAUUCAGUCAGAGAUAUCAUCUCUGUGUGAGAUGCUUUGUGGUGAAGUCUGGGAUGACAGGGGAAUAACAACAAAGGGAAAGCUCUCAUCUAUUCCAAUGCUGAUCAUGGACCCAAGAAGGCUUUUUGAAUUACUGCAGAUCUGCACUUCCAUUGUGCAAGGAGCUGAAAGACUGAGUGAUGGGCAGAGUUCAGAAGCGCUGUCGAGUCUCCAGACAGCCUCUACGAUGCCAGCUCCCAGAGCUCUUGUGGCAUUAACGCACCUCCUGUCAGGCUUCUGCCUGGUCCAUAUGAGUCGCCCUCAGAUGGCACUGCAGUGUUACCGAAAAGCUCUGGAGACAGACUCCCGUUGUGUUUGUGCACUUUACCAGAGCAUGCUCAUCUACAGACAGCAGGGAAACACACAGGCUGAGAUACAAGCUCUUCGAUUACUGCACAAAACUCUGACGGUGGCCGGUGCCACGCAGCCCGCACUGGCUGAUAUCAAUCCCCUCUCCUCAUCCUUAUUCCUCAGCAGCCAGUCACUGACCACCUUGCUUUCAGUGCCAUCUGCCCUCAGCGUCCUUCAUAGUAUGGCUCUCAAGUGUGUGCUCCAUGGAAGAGUGUCAGAGGGUGUUGAACAUUAUCUGGACCUGCUGGCUGCUUUUCAUUCAGAUGAUCAUAAUAGAAUGCUUGCUGAGGCCCACACUCUACCCAAAUUACCUGACCUUUACCUGGAAGCUGGUGCUGCCUUGCUCAUUGACCAGCGGCCUGCAGAUUGUAUGGCGCUCUGCAAUGAAGUCAUCAGCAUGACAAUGGAGCUGCUGCCAGAAAAUGUGGUGCUGGAGGAGCCUGAGGAGAAAAAUGAGCCUGAGACGGGAGCCUUGAGCGACGAUAAAGUGGCCACACUGCUCUGGACUGCAGCUGCUUACUUCCUCCAGGGUCACUGCCACACUCACCUGAAGGACUGGAAACAAGCUGUGACUCACUACACAAGAUGUAUCAACCUGCUGGUCAAAGUGUGUGUUAAACAGAAAGGUUCCCAGCCGCAAAUCCCCACUGCAGAUAUCACUGGGAACUUUGGAACAAAUCUAUAUACUCUUCAGAGGCUAAAGGGGCUUUCUCUGGCUGGCCGAGGCGUCAGCUUCACUCAGAUGGACAAGCUGAAAGAAGCACUGAGGGACCUCCAGCUCAGCCUGCAUACCUUUCCAGACUGUGUGGGAUCCGGGCUGUGGUGUGGCGAGGUGCUGUGGCGACUCAGCAGGAGACAGGAGGCGGCAGCUUGUUGGAAAAAGACCUGGAGCAUCAGACCUCAGUCCUUAGACGAUCGUGUUCCCGUGUACCUGCAUGAACUUCAGAUUGGUGCUUCACUGGAUUCCUCAGAACUACGGCACAGAAUACAGGAACUCGGUCUUGCAUAGUCACCCCAGGACAAAAGAAGAAUUGCCCUGCCACUUAAUGGAGGGGAUCAACUUUCUCCGGCCUGUGGAUUGAAACUCAUGCCUGCAACGACUGGAGAUCCAGAGACAGUGGAAUAAAAAUCUUUUGUACAGUGUGUCAAAAAAAUAAAAUGGAAACAGUUUGAUUUUUAUUCAACAUACAUACAUUACUAAGUUUAGAUCUGGACAAACUUCUAAGGAAACAGUGGUUGUGGCUUGGACAAAGUCUUGUUGCUGCUUUUUUAUUGUCCUCAUGUAUAGCUUUGCUAAUUGUUUCUCCAAAAUAAAUU